AUGGAGGUGGGUUCGGAAAGGUGCUUAGAUUCUCAACUGUGGCAUGCCUGUGCUGGUGCCAUGGUUCAAAUGCCACCUCUCAACACAAAAGUCUUCUACUUUCCCCAGGGUCACGCGGAGCACGCUCAUGGGAAAGUAGAUUUUGGCCAAACCCGGGUUCCACCACUCGUCCCUUGCAGACUCUCUGCCAUGAAAUACAUGGCAGACCCUGACACAGAUGAGGUGUAUGUCAAAAUGAGGCUGGUCCCUUUGAGGGAACAUGAAUUGGAUUUGGAGGAUGAUUGUUUCUUGGGGAACACUGGAGUGGAGGGUCAAGAGAAACCUCCUACCUCUUUUGCCAAGACACUCACACAAUCUGAUGCCAACAACGGUGGAGGGUUUUCUGUGCCUCGUUACUGUGCAGAAACCAUCUUCCCGAGGUUGGACUAUUCAGCUGAGCCUCCAGUUCAGACAAUCAUUGCCAAGGAUAUGCAUGGACAGUGCUGGAAGUUUAGGCAUAUCUAUAGAGGGACACCUAGGCGGCAUCUAUUGACUACUGGAUGGAGCAAUUUUGUGAACCAGAAGAGGCUUGUUGCUGGGGACUCCAUUGUGUUUCUGAGGGCAGAAAAUGGGGAUCUUUGUGUUGGGAUAAGGAGGGCGAAGAAGGGUAUUGGUGGAGGCGCCGAGUUCUCUUCUGGAUGGAACCCUCUCUUUGGUGGGGGUUCUGGAUUCUUGUGUGGGAGUGAGAGCAACAUGGUGGGUGGUGCAAAAGGUGGUGGUGAUGAGAUGGUGGGAAGAGUGGCUGCUGAAUCUGUUGUUGAGGCUGUAACUUGUGCUGUUAAUGGUAGGCCCUUUGAGGUUGUGUACUAUCCAAGGGCUAGUUCCCCAGAAUAUUGUGUUAAGGCUUCUGUUGUGAAGGCUGCAAUGCAAAUUCAGUGGUGUUCUGGGAUGAGAUUCAAAAUGCCCUUUGAAACUGAGGAUUCGUCUAGGAUCAGCUGGUUCAUGGGAACCAUUUCUUCUGUUCAGGUUGCAGAUCCCAUCCGUUGGCCGGAUUCUCCUUGGCGUCUUCUGCAGGUGGUGUGGGAUGAACCAGAUUUACUUCAAAAUGUCAAGUGUGUAAACCCUUGGCUGGUUGAAUUAGUCUCUAACCUGCCCACCUUCAAUCUCUCUGCAUACUCACCUCCAAGAAAGAAACAACGCUUCCUACAGGACCCAUAUUUUCAAGUCAUCAACCAACUCCCAAUGCCAUCAUUCUCUAGCAAUCUUCUCAACUAUACCAACUCUCUUUGCACCAUUGAAAAUAAUAGUUCUGCAGGCAUACAGGGAGCCAGGCAUGCUCAAUUUGGACUAUCUCCAUCUGAUUUUCCCUUCAACAAGCUCCCAGCAGACAUGCUUUUAGGUGGGUUCUCUAGGCUUGACCAUGCAGCAAAGCCUAUUAGGCCUCCUAGUGGAACCUAUAAGAAUGACUCUACCACUACUAACACCAAUGUUGACAUAUCUUGCUUGUUGACCGUGGGAAAUCCUGGCCAGAAUUUUAAGGAAUCCAAAGAAACAAAAGCACCCCACAUCUUGUUAUUUGGAAAACUCAUUCACACUGAGCAAAAGAUUUCAAACACUAGCUCUGUCAGUACAACUGGGAAUAGUGUGUCUGAGGGGAAUUCACUCAAGACAUCUAAUGCUUCUGAUGGCAUAGGUUCUGCUUUGCACCAAAAUAGUCCAAUUGAGAACAAUUCUGAUGGAGGGUCUCCCUGGUACAAGGAUCAGCACAAGGCUGAUCUUGGAACCGACAACAGGUAUGGCCCACGUAUCGGUGGUGAUCUCAGGAUGAGGGAGAUACACUCACUUCCCACGAAGUUUUCUAGGACAUUGAACCAUUCAGAAAGGAUAUGA